AUGGCUACCAAUAGACUUCAAUCCCUCGCACAUCACCUCGCCGCGACUUCUCCUCCACCUCAUCCAUUCGAUCCUCUUUCCAACGCAGAAAUUGAGAAAGCAGUUCAGGUUAUCCGAGCUGAAAAGGGAUCCGUCCAUUACAAUGCCAUCACAUUAUAUGAACCCCGCAAAAAGGAGAUGAUGAAAUGGCUUGAGGCCCCAGAAGUUGUCCCAAGACCAAAGAGAAUCGCAGAUGUGGUGGUUAUUGCGCCAGGUGGUAAGGUGUACGAUGGUUUGGUUGAUCUGGCAGAGGGAAAAGUGGUGAAAUGGGAAAACAUUGAUGGUGUACAACCUUUGAUCACCAUGGAAGAUCUCCAAACUGUCGAGCAUGUUGUUCGAAAAGACCCCAAGGUAAUCGAACAAUGUGUGUUGAGCGGUAUUCCAGCGGAAGAUAUGCACAAAGUGUAUUGCGAUCCAUGGACCAUUGGUUACGACCACCGCUUUGGCAACAACGUUCGUCUACAACAAGCACUCAUGUAUUACCGACCACACAUGGACGAUUCUCAAUACUCUUUCCCCCUUGAUUUCUGUCCUAUUUUCGAUGCCGAAAAACAAAAGAUCAUUCACAUUGACAUCCCUGAAGUUCGACGACCCGUUAACAAGGCAGCGCCAAACAACUAUCAUCCAGCGAGUAUUGAAAAAGAAGGAGGGUACAGGAAAGACAUCACCCCAAUCAAUAUUACACAACCAUCUGGCGUAUCAUUCAAGGUCAAUGGUCGAGAGCUCAAUUGGCAAAAUUGGAACUUCCAUGUCGGAUUCAAUUACAAGGAAGGAAUUGUCCUCAACAACAUUACAUACAAUGACAAGGGUACUGUCAGACCUGUGUUCUACAGGCUUUCUCUCGCUGAGAUGGUUGUUCCUUAUGGUAACCCCGAACAUCCACAUCAACGUAAACACGCUUUCGACCUUGGAGAGUAUGGAGGUGGAUACAUGACCAACAGUCUCUCCCUCGGCUGUGACUGCAAAGGUGCAAUUCAUUACAUGGACGCUGCCUUUGUAAACCGUGCCGGUGAAAGCACCACCAUCAAAAACGCCAUCUGCAUUCACGAAGAAGACGCCGGUAUCCUCUUCAAGCACACCGAUUUCCGCGACGAAUCCGUCAUCGUCACUCGCGGCCGCAAGCUCAUCAUCUCCCACAUCUUCACCGCCGCCAACUACGAAUACUGCGUCUACUGGAUCUUCCACCAAGACGGCACCAUCCAACUCGAAAUCAAACUCACCGGUAUCCUGAACACCUAUUCCAUGAACCCUGGCGAAGACACCAAGGGCUGGGGCACCGAAGUCUACCCCGGUGUCAACGCACACAAUCAUCAACAUCUGUUCUGCCUGCGCAUCGACUCCAACAUCGACGGCCCCAACAACACCGUCUUCCAAGCCGACGCCCUCCCCGGCGCCGGCGCCGUCGGCUCCCCCGAAAAUCCCUACGGCAACGCCUUCUUCGCCCAAAAAACCGAAUACAAAACCGUCAACCAAUCCAUCUCCGACUACGACGGCGUCACCUCGCGCACAUGGGAAAUGGCCAACCCCAACAAACUCAACCCCUACUCCCACAAACCCGUCUCCUACAAACUCGUCAGUCGGGAAGUUCCCAAGCUGCUCCCCAAAGAAGGUUCGCUCGUGUGGAAACGCGCCGGUUUCGCCCGCCACGCAGUACACGUGACGCCCUACUCAGACGACCAACUGCACCCGGCCGGACGCCACGUCCCGCAGACAUCUGGCGAGCCCAGCGCGGGCCUGCCCGAGUGGAUCGCGAAUGGCGAGGCCUCGAUUCAGAAUACCGAUAUUGUGCUCUGGCACACGUUUGGCAUUACGCACUUCCCCAGUCCCGAGGAUUUCCCCAUCAUGCCGGCGGAACCCAUGACGUUGUUGUUGAGGCCGAGAAAUUUCUUUACCAAGAAUCCCGCGUUGGAUGUGCCUCCUAGUUAUUGCAGUACCCCUAGCAGUGUGGCGGCGAGUAAAGAUGGGGAGGCGAAGAGUGUGUUGAAUUUAACGGAUGGAGAGAGUAGGUUGGUGGAUGGAAAGAAAUGUUGUUGA